UGACGACGGUAACAAAGGUUAGGUGAGCCGUCAGUGAGGAAACUGAGGAACGUGGCGCGUGAGUCGUGGCGCGCGCCGUGGUGUGCCCCCGAGGAGGAAAGGUGCUCCGCUCCAUAUCGGCAAGAAAAAAGAAAGGACCCGCACAGUCGUGCGUGUCGCGCCUCAGCCCGUGCGUGCGUCGUCCGACUGCGACAUCCGUUGCGUCACUGCGAUCCCGCAUACCGCGCCCUGUGUAGUACCUGUUGUGUGUAUACCUGCUGACGUGAACGUAAAGCAGUAAAGCACACUUCUUCACAGAGCGCGAGUCUUCGCGGAGUCUCCGUGAGUCUCCGCGCGCGCGACGGCGGCGGCGGGAUCGGACGGAGGGAGAGCCAACCAACUAACCCCUUCUCUCUCUCUCCUCCUUCCACGAGGAAUUACCAAAAUGGUGGCGCGGUACAACGCGGGUGAUGUGUAGGCAGCAGACAUCGGCUCGCAUCGCGUUCGUUUCAGGGAGGUGCGAGGUACGCGAGCGUGACUACGCCAGGCCGACUACGGCGGCAGCAUGGGCGACCCGAAGAGCCAGCACGGCGGGCAGGAGAUGAAAGGCUGGCUUUUCAAAUGGACGAACUACCUGAAAGGUUACCAACGGAGAUGGUUCGUCCUGUCAAACGGCCUCCUGUCGUACUACAGGGCUGAACCAACAGGGGGGCCAAAGAUAUCAUCGCGACGCAAGCGGAGGGCUGGCAGAGCCUCCGAAAAUCCGGCGGAGAUGUCCCACACCUGCCGCGGCACGAUUUCCUUACACGGGGCCUUAAUACACACGGUGGACGCCUGCACCUUCGUCGUGAGCAACGGCGGCACGCAGACCUUCCACAUCAAGGCGUCGACCGAGGUGGAGCGACAGCAGUGGGUCACAGCCCUCGAGCUGGCAAAAGCCAAGGCUAUCCAAGCGAUGGAAUCUGAAGAAGAGGAGGAGGAGUAUCAAGAUAACGACAAUCAAAACGUAGAAACUGCGUCUGUGAUUAAGGAUCUAACGCGACGAUUGGACGAUCUACAGGCGUGCAAUGACUUGAUGCUUAAGCAGGGAUCCGCGCUCCAGCGAGCUUUAUCCGAUUUAGAAAUGAUCGAACCUCCGUCCCCCGAAUUAGCAGCGAAAUUCAAGAUCGUCAGCGAACGGGCCACACUUUUUCGGAUUGCGGCGAAUGCUAUGGUCAACACGAGCAGCGAUUAUUUGCAGCUAGCCCAGCAACAAGAGCCUAAGUGGAAGAAGAUGCUGCAGCACGAGCGUGACCAAAAAGUGCGGAUAGAGAAAAUGGUCGAACAGUUAGCUAGGCAACAUUCCCACCUGGAGGAGGCCGCGCAGCACGCGAUUCCUUCAGCGACGCCUGCAGGAGGACAUAGGCCUUCACAUCCCGCAGUUACAACGUCACCGUCGGAGGAUGAGGAGGACAACGCUGAGUUUUACGACGCGCAAGAAUCAGACACCUUUACGUUAACCAUACCCAUCGCCACGAGCAAUUCGAUUUCCCACGCGAGAGAUCGUACCGAUUCCCAGGGUAGCGACGAUGGCUCCAGUUCAGAGGGAGAUCCGACGCCCCUGCCUGUCUCCGAUUCCACUGGCGCCGAGUCGUUCCUGAUUGUAACCGAUUCCACAGCGGCACAGACUCUCUCGCCUGUUAGGAUCACAGACAAUCUGGAUAUUGUAAGCAAAUUAUUACACUCUUUCUUCUCCUUUGUUUUAAAUAAAAAUAGAACGUUCAUGUGUUUUCGUAUACAACAGGCAACUUGGCGAUCUAAUAAUGGCAACAGCAGCACCGGGAUGACCACCAUUUCCAAGCGGAAGCGAAGGACCAGGGUACCUGACAAACCAAACUAUCCCUUGAACCUAUGGAGUAUAAUGAAAAACUGCAUUGGCAAAGACUUGUCAAAAAUUCCUAUGCCAGUCAACUUCUCUGAACCACUUAGUAUGCUUCAACGAUUAACGGAAGACUACGAAUAUGCAGAUAUUCUCGAUAGGGCUGCAGAAUGUACAGAUAGUUAUGAACAGAUGGCUUUUGUAGCUGCGUUCACUGUGUCUAGCUACGCUACAACCGCCGCUAGAACGGGAAAACCUUUCAAUCCCCUUUUAGGUGAAACUUACGAAUGCGAUCGUACGGAUGAUCUUGGAUGGCGCGCGAUUUCAGAGCAAGUGUCUCAUCACCCGCCUAUGCUAGCUCAACAUUGCGAAGGAAAAAAAUGGCGAUGUUGGCAAGAGUUUACAAUGGCUUCUAAAUUUCGUGGAAAAUAUCUGCAGGUGAUUCCUUUGGGUACCGCUCAUCUAGAAUUUAACAGUGGCCAGCAACAUUACACAUGGCGUAAAGUUACUACUACAGUACAUAAUAUUAUAGUCGGGAGAUUAUGGGUCGAUCAGAGUGGCGAUAUGGAUAUUGUAAAUCACAAGGAAGGUAUCAAGUGCCAUUUGAAGUACAUACCGUAUUCGUACUUCUCGCGAGAUAGUCAGCGCAAGGUGAAGGGCGUAGUCAUGAAUUCCAACAAGGAGGUCAAGUGGGUAGUACAGGGUACAUGGGAUUCAAAGAUAGAAAUCGCACCGGUAAUCAGCACGUCCGGCACACCCGAUAAUCCAGUCUAUAAAACGGGUCCUUAUAUAUUAGCUUGGAAGCGACGUAUGCCUACUGAAGACUGUGAGAAAUAUUAUUCAUUCACGGAAUUAGCGUGUCAAUUGAAUGAACCGGAAGAAGGUAUAGCUCCGACGGAUUCUCGGUUGAGGCCUGAUCAGCGGUUAAUGGAGGACGGACGGUGGGACGAGGCCAAUUCAGAAAAGUUGCGUUUAGAAGAGAAACAAAGAGCUGUUAGACGAGCUCGCGAGCACGACUCCGAAAAGGCCGCUGCACAAGGAUUACCUUACGAGACGUACGAGCCGCUGUGGUUCAGGAAGAAGCAGGAUCCGUACACGGACAGCCGUUGUUUUGUUUAUAAUGGCGAAUAUUGGGAUCAUAAAAGCAGAGGUGACUGGUCGCAAUGUCCAAACAUAUUUUAGCCCGUUAUAUAGAUAGAUUCGAUUACAAUGUGACUUUUGUCACAUACAUGCAGUGCGCGGAUAAGUUUUUUGGAGUUCAAAAGUGACGGUAGCCGAGAUUUAGAAGUCGCGGCCGCAAAGUGGUCGAGAACUUAAACUGCUUAUGAAAUAACUUUGACGUGAUAAUGGGGUUGUUACGGGAUAUGGUUUAGCAAUUAAUUCUUCCAAUGAAGUGGACGAAACUUGUUGGCAACUCUGACAUGUACGAUAUGCAAUUUGCACUUGCAUGUCACCGCCUUUGCUAUUCUUUAACCUUUCUACCUCUCUCCCUUUCUUUCCCCCUUUUCUUCCUUGUCUUUCUUUCGUCUCUUCUUUUCUUAAGUAAUGAAACUAAUAUUUAAUCCAACAUAAUGUUUGAUUAACAUGCGCUUGCGUUCUAUUUUUUAAGAUUUUGCGCUGAAUUAAUGAGUAGUCAAUUUUUUAAUUUUUGCGUUUUAUUAUAUUAGCUACAUGUGUAUGAAUUCAUAAAAGAAUCCAAGCUCGGGCAAGAAUGAAUUCCGAAUAUUUCAUUACUUUAGCUUAAAGCUGAGAUAGCAAUAAGACCGUAAGGAAAGAAGAUAAAAAAAGGCUACUGUCAUUGGAAAGGAAGGAUUUCAAAUCAAGUUUAGCGUUCCACUUUAUAAUAUUUUCAGUAUUUUCAAUUUAGAUUUUUAGAUGAAUAUCAAUCUGAUUUUCUAGAAUUCGAACUAAAGUCUUACCGAAAUCGGUCGGUUAUGCUAUUAACAUAUACGAAACAAUUUUUUGUAUUUCAUCAUUUUUAAUCCCAUCAUUGAAAGUAUUAACGCG